AUGGCAACUGGUCUCAAAGGCAAGCAAUCUUGGCUAACCAGGCAAGGGACCCAGCUACAGGAUUCCGUCAAUCGACUCGAGCAGCUCAGUUCCUCACAGAAUCCGGAUCCGAAAAAGCUCUACAUUGAGCUUCGACAAGGGACGAAGGAACUGGAACUGAAGCGUGAGGCUCUGGAGAAGGCUUUGGAAAGCUUCACAAAAGCAGCUGAUUCGGCAGCUCUCAACGAGGAGAAUCAGGAAAAAGCACAAUCCAACAUCACAACGGCACAGGAGAUCCUUGAAAGGGGUCAGGAUCUCUCCGUACGACUACUAAUACGACUCGAAGAAUUCGAAGCCACGAAAAUCAAGGACGCUCACGAAGACAACGGUAGAAAACCGCAUCUACCGCCCCUUCAAAUCCCUAAGUUCAAGGGACAAAUCUGGGAAUGGGACCAAUUCUGGGGAAUUUUUUCGACCACAGUCCAUGCCCAGGAAAUCAGCAAAAUCGAGAAAUUCACAUAUUUGCUCGAUGCUCUACAAGGACCAGCCCGAGAAGCGGUCCAAAAUCUGCAAAUUUCAGCAGAGAACUACGACCUCGCCGUGGACACCCUCAAGCGGAAAUACGGCAACGAGGAAGCCAUCAUAGGACGUCUGCUAUCGUCACUACAGGCAGUCCAAACGCAUGGCUCCAGCACGACCGAUCAACGUCGGAUUCUGGAGAAAAUAGCACCGAUCAUCUCUCAACUUCAGCAGAAAGGAGAGUGGAUCGACACACAGCAGAUGAAGCGAACGAUUCUGGGAAAAUUCUCGGAAAAGGUACAGCGUGCAGUCCUGAAACGAAGGAAACGCUCUUCGUCGGGCACAGACUCCGAAACGUGGACAACACAGGAACUUUUGCAUGAGUUGCACGACUACUUCCAAACAGAGGAAGAGAUCCAGCACAGCAAAGGAUUCUCGGAAAGCCCAACUCAUCCUCAGGUUCCACGCACCACGACAAUGAGGAAGCCGUUCGGCAAUGCUCGAGAAGUGGCUCGAGAAAUUCCGAAGAAAUUUCCAUGCUUCUACUGCCACCGAACGGACCAUAUCCCAACAAACUGCACAGAAUUCGCAACCUACGCGCAAAGAAUGGCACAAAUUCAGCAAAGGAAUCUGUGCAGAAACUGCGGUUCCAAUACCCACAAUGCUGCAGAUUGCUCACGAGGAGCAUGUCGGAAAUGCAGCAAAAAAGGACAUCACACUUCGGUCUGCCGGCAAUUCGGACUGAAAGAGAGCGAGCCAGCUCGACAGCAUACCAACUUCAAAGGAAAUGCUCAGGAAUCUUCACAAGCGAAAAGGAAAUCUUCCACAUCACAGAAUUUCGCUGCUGUCGUCGCUCACCAGCAGUCGACGACUUGUCUCUUAGGGAAGGACAAGAUCUCACAGAAUCUGGAAGAGCAGCACUCUCACACCCAGGCCAAUGUACUCGUGGGCAAAGCCCGAGUAUGGAACGCAAAAACCGAGGGUUUCGAGGAUGUGCACCUCAUCCUAGACACUGGAGCGGAUCGAUCCUUCAUCACGACGGACUACGCCGACAAGCUAGGACUACAGAGCACAGGAUCGCUCCAGCUGACCAUACACACGUUUGGCAGCAACGUACCAAUGGAGAAAAUGUGCCCUCUCACCUCGGUCGAGCUAGAGGAUCGCAAAGGAGAGCGACACGUCUUCAAUGUGGCUAUGGUCGACUUCAUCUCAGGAGAUCUUCACCGGACUCCCCUCAGUAAGGACGACCACGCAUACCUUGCACAGCACAACAUUGCUUUAUCCGUUUCUUCGCAAGAGAAAGUGGUAGCACCGCGCAUACUACUCGGAUGUGACGAUGUCUUCACGCUGUUUGGAAGACACUGUAUCCCACCCUCAUGA